AACGGCACCAGCAACAAUAACAAUGAGCUACCAACUUUAUCAAAGCAAGAGCAAAAGUUAUAAUAGAACUCAGCAACAGCAACUCAAGCAACGGCAACAACUACAACGACUUAUAGUAGAUACAAUAUUGAUUUUAUCCCCAGAUUCUUUCACCAUCAACCAGCAACAUCAAACAAACAGAAAAUAAAUUUAUUGUUAAAGCAUUUAUUUUAUACUCAAACAACAAGGAACAACAAUAAAAAGCCCCAACUCUUCCUGCAACAAAAUAACAUUUAAUAGCCAGCCAUACAGCAGAUAAUACAAACGAAAAAAUAAUAUAAAAAAACAUGAAUGAAACCACUUUAUCUUCUUCCACGAAGGGCAGCCAACACCAGCACCACCACCAAAUCAUCAACACUUUACAGCCACCAGAGUUGGUGUUGGUGGAUGAGGAGUUGGAGGAUUUAACCUUAACAACGGCUACACAUUUAAACUCGGACGAUUUGGAUGAAAUCAAUCAAAGUGCUGAACUGCAAUGUCUAAUGAAGGAGCAUAUGGAUACAAUGACCUUUGGCAACAAUACCGACUAUUGUCUAACACAAUUCGAUUCAAUACUUUGUUGGCCACGCACUCUGCGUGCCACACUCGCAGCUCUACCAUGUUUAGAUGAAUUUCAGGGCAUUCAAUAUGAUAGUUCACAAAAUGCGACACGUUAUUGUCAUGCGAAUGGAACGUGGGAGAAAUACACAAACUAUGAUGCCUGCAUGCAUUUAACCGAACCCGCUACUGUUUCAGAAUUUGAGCCAAUAAUAGAAUUGCCAACGAUUAUUUACUAUAUUGGCUAUACAAUUAGUUUAGUGUCGUUAACAUUGGCCAUUGUGGUUUUUGCAUAUUUUAAGGAAUUACGUUGUUUGCGCAAUUCCAUACAUGCGAAUUUAUUUUUCACGUACAUCAUGUCAGCUUUACUAUGGAUACUAACACUCUCUGUACAGAUUUCAACACACACCAGUAUUGGAGGAUGUAUUGUCCUGGUAACAUUGUUUCAUUUUUUCACCUUAACAAAUUUCUUUUGGAUGCUGGUUGAAGGACUUUAUCUGUAUAUAUUGGUGGUGAAAACCUUUUCGGGUGAUAAUAUAAGAUUCAAUGUUUAUGCCUUGAUUGGUUGGGGUGGUCCUGCUGUUUUUGUUGUAAUUUGGUCUAUAGCCAAAGGACUGACAAUGUCAUAUGCCACAAUUGAUCAGAUACAAAUUGAGGGUUGCCCCUGGAUGCAAGAAAGUCAUGUGGACUGGAUAUUUCAGGGACCUGUUUGUGUGGUUUUAAUAAUGAAUUUAAUAUUUUUAUUACGUAUUAUGUGGGUGUUGAUAACAAAAUUACGUUCUGCCAACACAUUGGAAACACGACAAUACCGCAAAGCAGCCAAAGCUUUAUUGGUGUUAAUACCAUUGUUUGGCAUCACAUAUUUGGUGGUAUUAGCUGGUCCCAGUGAGGCUGGUGUCAUGAGUCAUAUGUUUGCCAUCCUACGAGCUUUUUUGUUAAGUACUCAAGGCUUUUCAGUUUCAUUAUUCUAUUGUUUCUUAAAUUCUGAAGUCAGGAAUGCUUUGAAGCAUCAUAUAACAACAUGGCAGGAUUCUCGUAACAUACGACUAAAUCAAUCAAGAAGAUAUGUUUCCAAGGGUUUCACCAAAGAUACUUCACCCAAUACGGAGAGUAAAAAACCUUUAACCUCCUAUUAUGGUAAGGGCAAAAGAGAAUCAUGUGUUUCAUCGGCAACAACCACAACAUUAGUUGGUCAGCAUCACUCACUAACAUUACAACGUGGCUCAAAUGGUGCUCUGCACAUGCUACCCACCGCUACCGCUCUAACUGUUAUGCCCAGGGCAGUUAGUCCUUUGAUGAAGCUGCUAUGCUCCUCCAAGCGCAACAAUUGUGCAGUAAGAGACUCGGAUCAUCACAAUCCAAAAAUUGCAGCGGGCGGCAUUAAGCCGAAAAACAAACAUCAACAGACACCGGGCGAAAUCUAG